AUGUUCCAACUGCCGCAACGCAUCGCCCUCAAGCGCUCCCGCGUCGACGACGACGAUGACGCUCCAAUUCUCGCUGAACGCCACUGCGACAAGAAGCACCGCAACCACGCAUCCUGUCUAUCGCCGCCCGAGAACUUCUUCCAGACCAAGACGCUCAGUUUCUCUCAAAACCGCGCCAACUCGCCAUGUCUGCCCGCCCUCACUCCAGGCCAUUCCGACGAGUCGGGCUGCGAUUCGCCCGAGCUGCCUGCAUACUCCGACACCGACAUGGACGACUGCAUCGAGGACGACUUCAACGCCAUGCGCUCCAACCCCAACUCGCCUGCCCUUCCCUUCAUGCUGCCCGAGCGCCGCAAUCCCCGCCACCACGAAACGGAGCCCAGCACCGGCCGGGUGCCGACGCCCAUCUACGGCCAUUUCCCCCCCAAGAUCACGUCCAACGAGCCCAGUGGUAUCCCGAGCAACAUCCGCCCCACAACGCUUGAGGAGCUGAGGGCGGCGUCGGUCAACGCUCGCCGCAGCAUGGCCCAACGAGACGUCGGCCGCGACAUGCCCUCGCCCAUCCGCGAAGAUGAAAUGGCCAUGACGCCAACCACGGUGGCCGGGAACCGACUCUCGCGGCUCCACGUCUCGGGCCGAGGCGGCAACGACGACGGCAUGGACAUGGACUCGCCGACGACGUUGGACCCACAGCGCCAUGCCGCUGCCAUGGCCGCUGCCGACUCCAAGCCCGGCCGCGCGAGAAGCGGAGCCAUCACCGGCAAGAAGAAGUUCCACAUGGGCUUCCGCGAGGACUGCCCCAAGUGUAUAGCGAGAGUGCCGGGGCACAACGCACAUUUUCUUCCGUCCUGA